UCGAUUGUGAGAGAUGAAAACAGUUCCUUCGAGGUGAUUGCCGGAGUCGGACGCAAUAUCGCGGGUCGUGCUACAAGAUCACCUAGAUUGUCCCGUCCUGGGAGUGUAAGCGCGUGUGAACGUGUACAUGUGUGUAGAUCGGUACCGUGGAUUGAUUACCUCUUCGUCUUGUCAAUUGUGAACAGUGCACCUAUAGAUUUCUGCGUACCGUGACCGUAAUUUGCGCCAUGAGUCGUCGAUAUUCGCGCGUCGAGUCCAGCUCGGAUCUGAUGCAGUUCCUGGACCGGGGUCAUUCGGCUAACACGGAAAACCGAUGGACAUUCGAGAUAGCGUGGGAAGUGGCUAAUAAAGUUGGAGGCAUAUACACGGUCAUUCGCUCAAAGGCGUUCGUCUCGACCGAGGAGCUGGGAGAUCAAUACUGCUUGAUUGGACCAUACAAGGAAGCAUCCGCACGCACCGAGGUAGAAGCCUGCGAGUUUCCCAGCAAUGGUCCCUUCUAUCGUGCUGUCACCGCGAUGCGUAAUCAAGGCUAUAAAGUGCACUGCGGGCGAUGGUUGGUAGAUGGCAAUCCACAGAUUAUCCUGUUUGACAUCGGUUCGGCGGCAUGGAAAAUGGACGGUUACAAACAGGAGCUCUGGGAUUCAUCUAACAUUGGUAUUCCACAUCUGGACAUUGAGUGUAACGAUGCGAUCAUUCUGGGAUAUACAGUUGCAUCCUUCAUUGAUGAGUUUAAACGCUGCGCUGAGGUAUAUUCGCACGAGAAUGAAUACGGACCGCCAAGAAUCGUGGCACACUUCCACGAAUGGCAAGCGGGUGUCGGAUUGAUAGCAAUUCGAACACGUCAGGUGGAUGUAGCAACCGUCUUCACCACGCACGCCACCCUACUCGGACGAUACCUCUGUGCAGGCAAUACCGAUUUCUACAACAAUCUCGACAAAUUCCCCGUGGAUGAAGAAGCCGGGAAACGCCAAAUCUAUCAUCGGUACUGUCUGGAGCGGGCUGCCUCACAUCUAUCGCACGUGUUCACCACUGUUUCGGAGAUCACGGGUUACGAAGCGGAACAUCUGUUGAAGCGCAAACCGGACAUCAUCACACCGAACGGGCUGAAUGUGAAAAAGUUUGCGGCUAUCCACGAGUUUCAGAACAUGCACGCGAUGGCGAAGGAAAAGAUACACGAGUUUACGCGGGGUCACUUUUACGGACACUUUAACUUCAAUAUUGAAAAGACGCUGUACAUGUUCAUAGCGGGUCGGUACGAGUUUACAAACAAGGGGGCGGACAUUUUCAUCGAGGCGCUGGCUCGUUUGAAUCACAUGCUGAAGUCGAACAACUCGGACGUAACGGUGGUGGCAUUUCUAAUCUUUCCGGCUAAAACUAACAACUUUAACGUGGAGUCAUUGCGCGGUCAUGCGGUCACAAAACAGUUGCGAGACACGAUUAACAGCAUACAGCAGGAUAUUGGGAAGCGAAUGUACGAGACGUGUCUCCAGGGUCAGCUACCCGAGGGUACUGAGAUACUGACGAAAGAGGAUAUCGUUAAGAUCAAGCGUUGUCUGUAUGCACUGCAAAGGGAUGGCAAUCCACCCGUUACUACGCACAACGUGGUCGAUGAUUGGAAUGAUCCGGUACUGGACUCGAUCCGUCGGUGUCACCUCUUCAACACCAAGUACGAUCGUGUGAAGGUUGUGUUCCAUCCCGAGUUCCUCAACUCGACCAACCCACUGUUUGGGCUUGACUAUGAAGAAUUCGUACGCGGUUGCCAUCUAGGUGUCUUUCCGUCCUACUACGAACCAUGGGGAUAUACACCGGCCGAAUGUACAGUGAUGGGAAUACCGAGUAUCACUACGAAUCUGUCUGGGUUCGGAUGCUUCAUGCACGAACACGUGGCCGAUCCUAAAUCUUACGGUAUCUAUAUCGUCGAUCGCCGUCAUGUCGGGCUGGAAGAGAGCGUACAACAGCUAUCAAAGUAUAUGUUCGAGUUUUCCAAACUUAACCGUCGCCAACGUAUCAUCCAGCGCAAUCGUACGGAGCGGUUGAGCGAUCUUUUGGAUUGGAGAAAUUUAGGAAUUUAUUACCGCCAAGCUAGAGUGAAAGCUUUGCAAAGAGUGUAUCCCGAUUAUGUGGAUGAGUCGACUGAAUACUUAAAGCGAGCCACUGACUUUACAUAUCCGCGACCGAUCAGUGCCCCACCAAGUCCUAGCUCAUCCAGACACACCACACCGGCGCCUUCCUUGCACGGUUCGGAUGAUGAGCAAGAUUCGGUUGAUUCGGAAGAAGAGCUACAGGAGCUUAAAAUGAACUCGCACCACUAGAUCGAACGGGGCGAACGCCAGCUAACCAACCAUUCACCUCGAGUUAAGUCCCGCAAGGACAUUGCAUUGUAUCAAGGGCACACUAUACCAUGCAGAUGAUAUUUUAUACGAUAUUGACCAUGAAGAUUCUAUCGUUCUCCUAAUGUUGUCAGUUCGCCUAUGUCGAUGUGCUGUCCUUGAGUAGCAAUAUCUACAAACGUGUGAACUAGCUGACAGAGAUUGUGUUCAAACGCGUAAACCUAGCUGUAUUUACAAGUACAUCAUGGAAUUGUGUUGCAAUUUGUUACACUUAUAACAAUAAAACAAAUCUACAUUUGAAA